UUAACCCAAGAUUAUCUGGAUUCACUAGUGGGACUCAAGCUGACAUUUGACAGAUGAAUAGAUUUUUAGUUGUUUGGGAUCCAGAGAGUGAUUGAGUUUUUUGGGCAGUAGUGUUUAGUUUGAGAUCACUUUCAUUCAAUUCCCUUUCAUGUAGAAGGUAAGGGAGAGAAGAAGAGAUGGAACAAGAGAGAGUGGAGCAGUGUUAUGUGAGUGAAUCCCAAUUGUACAGCCCAGCCGACCAUGGCACUCUUGUGAGAGGGACAAAAGGGUGAAUAGGCAUGAAAUUAAAGGCACCCAGUUCCCUGUCCUUAUCUUACGCACCUUUUUUUAACACGUAUCACUUACCUACGCUCAUCCCUUCAUCAGUCCAGUCCAUUCUCUAGUCUCCCCAUUUUCGCAGGGACCCCCUGCCCCCAUUUGCAACCAAAACACCACCUUCACCUAAUGACCGUUAAUACACGUUGCGGCAGUCUCCGGAAUUGCCUGUGACCCAUUUUGGCCCAGAUGUUGUUUUAUCAUCCCUAAACCUGGUUGUCGUCGCCUGAUCUUCUUGCAGUUGGGCUUUCCUUGAUGAAAUUUCGAUUCCCAUUUGCGUUUUCUCGAAUGCAUUCUAAUCAUAUUGGGUCUCCGUAAAGAUAUUUAUUGCUGGGAAAAGGAUCUUCUUUUUGAACAACUGGUUUUGUUCCGUGGAAUGUGGGAUACAUGAGAGUCAAGGCUGUCAAACGUUGCUUUGAUGACGUGAAAAAAUCUAUCAAUGUGGUCUGAGUUCGAUAGUUUGAAUGGAUGUAUGUGAACCAGAGAAGCACGCAGCAGUGGAUACCCUAAGACCACCCUUGACUCCAGCUGAAAGGAACAAUGCAGUCACUACGCGGCCCCCUCGAAAGAAAGUUAGUUCUAGGUAUAAAUCUCCUUCUCCUUCAGCCCCUUCAAGUACCAGGCGAAGCCCCUCUCCUAACCUCACUAGAACAGUGCCUUCAAAUUCCCAAUUGGUGCCAAAGAGAGCAGUAUCGGCCGAAAGGAAGCGACCCUCGACUCCACCUUCACCGCAGAGGCCGUCGACGCCAAUUCGUGAUUCAUCUGUAGAUACCCAAUUGUCAACCCGAAGGUUGUCAAUUGGUGAUGGCCGGUUACCUGAGAGCUUAUGGCCCUCCACAAUGCGCAGUCUUAGUGUCUCCUUCCAGUCUGAUAUAAUUUCUGUUCCUGUCAGCAAGAAGGAAAAACCAGUAAACAGUGCUUCCUCGGAUCGCACUUUGAGGCCAUCUUCAAAUAUAGGGCAUAAGCAGGCUGAAACACCUUCCCGGGCACGCAAGCCUACUCCAGAGAGAAAGAGGAGUCCUCUCAACGGGGGAAAUUCUCAUGAUCAGUCAGAGAAUGCUAAACCAGUUGAUGGAUUACAUUCUCGAUUGAUAAAUCAGCAUGUUUGGCCUAGUAGAAUGGGUGGUAAGGUAUCCUCUAGUUCAUUGAAUAGAAGUGUUGAUUUUACAGAGAAAUCAGUUGGAAAUUCAGUAAUUCCCAGUCUGGGAAUUGGGUUGUCUUCAUUGAGGCGAAUCCCCACAACUGAUAGUUUGGGGAACCCAUUAGAAAAGUCUGUUAGUGAUGCUGGUGCGACGUUAUUAUUGCGUGAUGAAAUUGGUAGAGUAGGGUCUGAGGCGAAACCAAUUGAUGACAGUUCAUUGUGGUUAUCUGGAGUUCACAAAUUUGUUUCUCCUAGUUUAUCAGAUAGAACAAUGUUAGCUAGCCCUUCUGCCAAAUACCAGUCCUUGCCUAGUACUCGAUCUCGACCUGCAUCCCCUAGUAGGACCUCCGGAGUUUCAUCCUCAAUUGUGAAAGGUGUCAGUCCAUCUAGGACAAGACCAUCAACUCCUCCCUCUAGAGGAGUUAGUCCAUCUCGGAUAAGGCCAUCUAGUUCUUCUGGUCAGGCCUCAAAUUCAACUUCUGUGCUCAGUUUCAUAGCAGAUUUUAAAAAAGGAAAAAAGGGUGCAAGCUACAUAGAAGAUGUCCAUCAUCUACGGGUGCUAUACAAUAGAUAUUUGCAAUGGAGAUUUGCUAAUGCUCAAGCAGAGGCGGGUCUUUAUGUUCAGAAGGUUAAUGCAGAGAAAACUUUGUACAAUGUUUGGAACACUAUUCUAAGUUUAUGGGAUUCAGUAAUCAGGAAAAGAAUCAACCUCCAACAGCUGAAGCUGGAGCUUAAGUUGAAUUCGGUUUUGAAUGACCAAAUGGGCUGUCUUGAUGACUGGGGUUUGCUUGAAAGAGAGCAUAUUAAUUCUUUAUCUGGCGCUGUGGAUGACUUGGAAGCAAGCACCCUAAGACUUCCAGUGACUGGAGGAGCAACGGCUAAUCUUGAAUCUUUGAAGAUUGCUAUCUGCUCAGCUGUUGAUGUGAUGCAGGCUAUGGGGUCUUCCAUUUGCUCGUUACUUUCAAGGGUGGAGGGAAUCAACUCUCUUGUCUCUGAACUUGCUGUUGUAGCCACACAGGAGAAAGCCAUGCUCGAUGAGUGUGAAGCAUUAUUGGCUUCUACUGUGUCCAAGCAGGUAAAGGAGUACAGCCUUAUGACUCACAUGAUACAAACGAAAACGAGCCUUGGAGAAGGAUGCGAACUUCUUUGAGAUGACACGACCUAUUGAGCGAAGAUUCCGAUUUCUAUAUGUGGGCGGAUAAGGGCAUCCUUACCGAUCACCCACGUUUCAAUUUCGACAUUCCGAAUCUCACGUGAGGUGAUAUGUAGGCUGUAAUCCGCACCUAACAUCCCAAACAUACCUGUUUGACACUAGCUAGCUGCUGCUAAGCUAACAAUUUACCAUGUCUGUUCCUUUAAAAAAGCAGAGAUGAGUGACCGUCUUAUCGGAGAAGUAAAUGUAAAUUGUCUCUCUUUUUCUACGUCAAUUAAUUCUUUUCAUUUCC